AUGCACUUACCAAAUCCCGACGAUGUUGUUGUUACAAAUUUAACCCCGAGUGAAGACUAUAAGACGAGCGUGUUGAGUGGACUCAAUCCAAGUGUCAUAAUGGAGUGUGCAGGCCGAGCCUUAAGUUUUUGGGCAUAUCAAACAACUCAAGAGAUUGUUUAUCAAGAAUACCUUGCCAAAAGUUUGACAGACAAGUAUUCAACGCUGAAUUUUCAGAUGGACAAGAUAAUACAUGAUGCAAACAGCGAGAUAUCGAACCUUCGCAAUAAAGUGCAGGGGAUAAAUUCGGACAAUGAUGCUUUGAGAAGAAAGAAUGAGGAGCUCCAUCAUGAUCUCAGAGAGAGAAAUAAGAAGUUACUUCAGACUCAAGAACUUUACGAUAAAAUAAAGCGUAGAGGAAUGUUGGAUCAAGUUCAGACUGCCGCUUCGAAUGCAGUUGAUGAUACACUACAAGCAACGUCAAAUGGCAAUCGCUUCACGGACAAUCGCUUUACGGACAAUCCAGGCACAAAUGAACACAGACCACCUCUUUACGCAAAUCACCAGACCGGUGGACUGAAUCGUACUGACGGUUUUCACGACUCAACCAUGCCGCCCCCACCUCAAAGAAGACGACAUAGUAGCGAGUUAGAUACUAUUGGUAGCCAAGGGCAAAGUCGUGUGUCUCAGAAAUAUAACCAUGUUCCGGCGACUCCUUCUUCUCAUCGGCAGCCUUUAGCAUCCAGCAAUUUUCCUCCUACAAGCAUCGGCAUAAACAAUAUACAAAGCCAUAUGGCUGGAACACCUUUACCUUUACCCCAUGGACGAGCUACCCCUCGUCGAACUCCACUGUCAAGUAUUAAUGUUAAUUCUGGUCAACCGUCCGGUUUUGUAGGCUAUGGUAUGCGAGCAGGUCUAAAAGUCGGAAAUCCAGGAGCAUCUUUAGCAUCAGGCUUUUCUAGACCAAGUGGUCGAUCAGUAGCGCAGAGAUCUGGCUCAAACCUUCCUUUUAGUCGUGACUCAGGGCUUGGAACCCCCUCAAUUUCUCGUGGUGGGAGUAACUACUAUUGA